AUGAAGAUCUUCAGUUGGAUGCAGAGUAAGCUAAGUGGCAGCAGCAAUAAAUUCAGCAAACCAAAUACUAAUACAUUACCAACUAAAAAUCAUCUGGUGCAUGAAACAUCGAAAGAAGAGUUCAGUGAUUGGCCGAGUGGAUUACUCACUAUUGGGACAUUUGGAAACAACAACAAUAAUCAUCAGAGUUCCAAUGUUCCAGGGGAGACUGGUAAUCAGAGUAAUGAAGAUCAAUCGGAAGAAAUAACCAAUGAGGAAUUGAGACAGCUCCAGAAAGAAUUGAAACUAAUAACGAAAUCGACAUCGAAUUCCGAUUUCGGUGAGGAAUCGCCGAGAAAUGGCCUCCAGGCUGAGAAAUUCCUGGACUUUCUGCAGAAUUUGGAAGAUGAAAGAUCAAGCAGCAACAAUCAGGAGAGCAGCUCUGCUGUGUGUAACAAAGGGAAUGAUGAUCAUUUGAAUAAUAAUAAGAAGAAAAUCUGUAAAAGGUCACUCACUUUUCUUCUCAAGAAGGCGUUUCACCGCACAACAGGGAAAUUCAAGCUCAAUACUCCACCAUUAGCCGACCCAAUUCGGGAAAUGAAACUGGAAAAAUCAAGGCUCGAAAAGAUUCUGAGGACUAUGCUGAAGAAGAAAGUUUAUCCCCAGAAUAAUGGUCCUCAUGCACCCGUAAACAAAAUCUUGGAUCAAAAGCAUCAGCCUGAUUUUGACAGUGAUGAUGAAGCAUCGGAUGAUGGGAGUGAAGGGAGUAAAUGGGUCAAGACUGAUUCAGACUAUAUUGUACUGGAAAUAUGA